GAGUCAUUGAGAAUCAGUCACCAUGGCCAAGUCCAAGAACCAUACCAACCAUAACCAGAACAAGAAGGCCCACCGUAACGGCAUCAAGAAGGCCCCUACCUACAAGAAGAUGUCCACUCGCGGUAUGUGCCCUAAAUUCCUGCGUAACGCCAAAUACGCUCUCAAGGGCUGCCAACAGUUGAAGAAGUCCGAGUAAAGGGAACAGGCAAUUCAUUUGCUCAUCAGCGGUGUAAAAUGAUGAUGAUUGGUUGGCGCUUCUCAAGGACUCAGGACUGUGGAAC